AUGGAAAUUUUCACACUCUUUAUUUUUGGCGCUAUCCUAGGAUUAUGUGUAUCUGAACCUCCACAAAUAGAUAGAAGAUAUGCAUGUGAAGGAAAAACACUAAACAUUGAAUGUAACAACGGCUCAGUUAUACGUCUUAUUCGAGCAAACUAUGGACGAUUUUUAAUAACAAUUUGUAAUAAAAACGGGAACACCAAUUGGAAUACCAACUGUUUCUCAACCCAAUCUAUGCGUGUUGUACAUAAUAGAUGUCACAUGAAACAGUCUUGCAGUUUACUAGCGAAUGCUGAAUUUGGAGAUCCUUGUCCAGGCACAGACAAAUAUUUAGAAAUACAUUAUCAUUACAAAACUGCUAAUUACUACACGAUACUGUACGUCCGCUCUCCAACUACUACUACUACUGAAUCUUCGGCACCACCAGCCUGGUUCGUCACAGUUCCUACAAACUGA